CCUAACAAAACAAAAGAAUUCAAGAAGUGAGCAUUUGGGGGCCAGAAAUAGUCACCAUUUUAAUUAAAUCUUACCAUUAGGUUUCGUAGUAAAAUAUUUUUUAUUUUUUCAUUUUUUGGUGUUUGAUUGUCGUAAAAUAUUUAUGAAAAAAAAUAUUAAUUUUUGAUAAGAUAUUUUUCACGUUCCUUCUAAUAAUAAUAAUAAAUAUUUACUGAAUAAAAAGAAGAAAUUUUAUGGGACUUGUGAGACAAUAUGGCAAUAAUGAUUUCUAUUUUGCAAAGCUUGCAAAAAAAAAUUAUAAUUUGAUACUCGUAUUCCAAUGUGACCUUUGAGAGCAACUUUAUAGAAAAAGUAAAAACAAAAAAUGAAAAUUUUAUAAUUUGAUACGCGUAUUCCGAGUAUUGUAAUCCCUGAUGUGACUUUUGAGAGCAACUUUAUAGAAAAAAAAGAAAAAAAAAAAAAAAAAAAAAAAAAAAAAAUUGAAAAAAAAAAGGGGACUUACAUUUUUCUAAAUAGGCAUGGCCCAGCUGAUAGAAAAAUCCCUUAAAGCAAUUCUACAUCGUCAAGACUUUGAUUUUUCUACAAUUAACGACCACAUAACUUGUUUUUGUGGACUGGCUUUGAAAAAAAGUAGAUGAAACAAACAUCUCCGGAAGGGAAAAAAGGCUAAGGAAACAAUAUCAUCAUCCCAUAUAUCCCAGAGCUUUUACAUGCCCAUUCAUGGCUACCAGAGAAGGAAAGAUACUCUUUCUUCUCGGUUUCUCAUUUUGCAUAUUGAUUUCCUUUUCUUACCAGCAAACAGACACUCUUCUACAAGGCCAUUCGAUCAGGGAUUAUGAGUGCUUGGCUUCAGCGAACGGGACCUUCAGUUUACAGUUCUUCACGAUCAACACCCGCGUUUCAAAGGACCGUUACUUUGGAAUAUUGUUUCGCUACCGCUAUGGACGUGUACAGAAUUGCAUUGAGGAUUCCAGUGACAGGCGAUAUGUAGUGUGGGUUGCCAACCGAGACAACCCCAUCCGUGACACAUCUGGAAAUCUCAUGAUGCACAGCAAUGGCACGUUGAAGCUUUCAUAUAGUAACAACGGUCUUAUUGAACUAAGUUCUGUUGUAACAAUAAGCAACACAAGCGCUACACUAUUAGAUACCGGAAAUUUUGUACUCAGGGAAGUGAAUUUGGAUGGGUCUACUGGAAAACUUUUGUGGCAAAGCUUUGAUUAUCCUACCCACAUGCUUAUAGCCGACAUGAAGAUUGGAGUCAACUUCAGAACCGGGCAUAACUGGUCAUUAACAUCAUGGUUGAGCGACGAGCUUCCUGCCUCGGGACCUUUUACCUUGGGAGUAGAUCCCCAUGGAGUAGAUCAAUUGAUUAUGUGGUUGCGAGGGAAUGUUUAUUGGACUAGCGGGCCUUGGAAUGGCCAAGCAUUUGAGUACAUGGAUCAUUCAUCAUACCCUGAACAGAAGCUCCCCGAUUUUAGAUUUGUCUCAAACGAAAAUGAAAAGUACUUCACAUUUUCAACUACAGGUGCUCUUUAUUAUGACUUGUACUAUAUGGAUUUACAUGGUGAAGUUUCGGGUUUUUUGCCAUCUUUAGGUGGAUGUUACAGUAUCAAUACCUUCAGGGGUCCAAGCGAGAAGUUGCAAUCCUGUAGGUGGAAGAAGUUGCCAGAUUGCAGGAAUGAUAAUUAUUAUUUUCACGGACAUGCUUCUAUGGAUCCGUAUGGUUCUAAUGAUGGAUUGAUGGUAGAUGAAAGCCCCAAUACAACUCUCUUUGAUUGCGAGGACCAGUGUCUGAGGAAUUGUUCUUGUGUUGCCUAUGCUCCUAUAAAUGAUAACGGAACCGGAUGUCAGAUUUGGCUCAAAGGAAUGAAAUUCGACUCAUUUGAUAUUUCCGUUUAUCCAAUACCGAUAUAUGCUCUCCAUUCAAAAAAACGGUUAGUAAUCAAGUGGCGGAAAUGGCUUGCCAUCGCGAUAGGAGGAGCUCUAGUUGUCAUUUUAUUCUGCUACUUGUGCUAUGUAAGAUUGAGAAGGGUAAUUAAAGAAAAGAAAGACGCACAGAUUUUAUUAGAGCUCGGAGUUCCUACGAAAUAUAAGGACAAGAAGAAGGGCCAUGAGUUGCAAGUAUUCAACUUCGAAAGCAUAGUGGUUGCUACAAACAAUUUCUCAGACACAAAUAAGCUUGGAGAGGGUGGUUAUGGACCUGUUUAUAAGGGCAACUUUCCAGAGGGGCAAGUUAUAGCAGUAAAAAGGCUUUCAAGGAGUUCAGGACAAGGAUUAGUGGAGUUCAAGAAUGAGAUUUUACUCAUUGCCAAGCUCCAACACAAUAAUCUUGUUAGGCUUCUGGGAUGCUGCAUUGAAGGAGAAGAAAAGAUGCUAAUCUAUGAGUACAUGCCCAACCACAGCCUCGAUUUCUUCUUAUUCGAACCUAGUAAAAAGUCAUCCUUAAAUUGGAAUGAACGUAUCACCAUUAUCGAAGGGAUUGCUCAAGGACUUCUUUACCUUCACAAGUAUUCAAGAUUCAGAAUAAUUCAUAGAGAUUUAAAAGCCAGUAAUAUAUUACUUGAUGAAAAGAUGAAUCCAAAAAUAUCAGAUUUCGGCAUGGCUAAAAUAUUUGGGGAGAAUGAAUCUGAAGCAAACACAAAGAGGAUUGUUGGGACACGUGGUUACAUGUCUCCAGAGUAUUUAAUGCAAGGCAUUUUUUCAAUUAAAUCUGAUGUGUUUAGCUUUGGAGUGUUGCUGCUUGAGAUUAUAAGCGGCAAGAAGAGCCAUAGUUGCUAUCAUUAUGAGCGCCCACUCAACCUUAUAGGAUAUGCAUGGGAAUUAUGGAGAGAAAAUAGAGGUUUAGAGCUUAUAGACCCCACACUGGAAAAUUCAUAUCAAACUGAUGAAGUGUUGAGAUGCAUUCACGUGGGUCUCCUAUGUGUACAAGAUAAUCCAAUAAAUAGACCUACCAUGUCCGAUGUUGUUUCUAUGCUCACCAAGGAAACUACAACACUUUCUACACCGCAACAGCCGGCCUUUUUCAUUGGUGGGAAUGUCCUAGAGGCAGAUACCUCCCAAGGCAUGGCAAAAAAAAUUUCUUUUAAUAAUGUAUCAAUUUCAGAGAUGGAAGCUAGGUAAAGGUACCAAUUAUUUCCUGACCAUACAUGUUUGUAUUGUGAAUUCAUAAUACUUUGUAUUCAGUAUUUCAAUUAACAACAAAGUUGGAUGAAUAAAUUGAAUUAAU